AAUCUGGCAAAGAAUUUCUACUCUGUGAUCUCCCCGAAGAGCAGUUUAUUUUUCUUUUUCCUCUAUUCCCUGGCACCAUCUUGGUUACACAUGUAGUACAGGUACCAAUACCGAGUGCUUGUAACAGGGCAAGGGGGGGAAAGGAGAAAAGAGGAGGAAAACCCACGCUGGGUUUGGGGGUCUGUUUGGUUGUCCUGCGUAGCCGGGGUUACCUCUGGGGAAACCUCGAUCCAGAUUCCGAGUUUCCACUCGGGGCUAAAAAGGAUACCGGUGUUGUGAUGGUGUUGAACACGGUGUUUGAUUUGUUGGGAAUAUUUCUUACCGGGGCUGUCGCUGAUUUGACCAAGACCGGGUCGCAAGGCUAUUGCAGACACUCCCGGGCGAAUUCCUUUUGUGGAUGACGAAGCAUCCAAGGUCUGGAUGCCCUCUUCGACAGCCACUCCUCAUCUUUCAGACCCUCAAAUUUCAUAGCGAUAUGUUACUGGGUCAAGUCUCAUGGUUCGAUAUACUCGUUUUCGCAGUAUUCCUUACAUGGCGAUUACUGCGCGAUGUCGGGAUCUACGGAACCGUCAUUUGCGCGGUUCGGGCGCUCCCCUUUCUAUGUAGGUUGACACAGGCGGGUUCUAAGCAAAUGCGGAAAAAAGGGUCGGAAAAUCUAAUCUCUAUCUUAGGUUGGAGGAUGCCGAUUGAUAUAACGAAGGAGCGGUAUCUUACGAAACAGAAUCGACAAUCUGCAUUCACACGGCGGAGUACGGUCUUCCAAGCACUUGUCGUAGCGUGCAUGAGGUAUGGGUUUACAUGCAUGCCCACCAGAAUCGGUCGUGUAUUCUUCACGAAAGGAGUUGCCUUGCCAUUCCUGAGAUUUAGAAUGUUCAGGCAUGGCUACAUUUGGCACCUCAGACACAGGCCAUUAUGGAGGGAAAUCAACUUGGUGGGUCAUUUCAAUAAUCUCGGAUCCCGAAAAAAAAUUUAAAAAAAUAAUGACCAGCCGUUGAUAUCUCGCUUCCACUAGAAUAAAGGUGCCGUGAAGGGUAUUUGGAUAGUGGAGGAUGGUGCCAGGAAGCCGGAUGUGGUCAUAUACUACUGUCACGGUGGAGGCUUCGCUAUGGGAACGUGUUACUUCUACCUCGAGUUCCUCGUUUCGUGGGUUUCGAUAUUGAAGAAAUCUGGCUUCUCUAACCCAGCGAUUUUCGCCGUGGAAUACACGCUCAUUCCGGACAAAACGUAUCCGGUCCAGCUUCAAGAGAUAAUUUCUGGAUAUAACCACGUCCUCUCCAUCACAGGCGACCCCGGGAAAGUCGUCGUCAGUGGGGACAGUGCGGGAGGUGCCCUCAUACUCAGCCUAUUACUUCACGUGGGGAACAAGUGUCCUCAGAAGAAGCCUUCCUUCGCCGCGCUUAUUUCCCCAUGGACGCACAUAGUGUCAAAGCUGAACCGAGAUACACCCUCAGACUUUCUCUCGGUAUCCCGGUUGCAUGAGUAUGGACGAUUAUACGCUGGUUCGGAGAAACUAUGGAAUCCGAUGGUUUCCCCCGGGUUCUGCAUGGAUAUUUCGUGGUGGAGAAAGGCAAUGCCGGUGCGGGGAGUUCACUUUUACUUCGGAUCAGAGGAGAUCUUUUACGAGAGCAUAAAAGCUUUAGCUAAGAGGCUUAGUGGGGUCGGAAGCGUUGUCUGCCGCGAGGAGGAGAAUUUACAUGCAUGGCCUUUCGCUGCUCUGUUCCUUGGAGCUCAUCAAAAGGAGCGGGGUAGAGGCUUGCGGAGGAUUUCAAUUGACAUUGCGGCGACUUUAUUACACACGUGAUUCACGGUUGGGCUUGUUAUGGCACGGUGUACCGGUACCUCUCUCAUUCCGGGGGCAUGGUAGCGGUAACUGAGGGGAACUUUUCCCAGAGCGCGGGGUUAUUCCGGCCGGGUUGGACUUAGAAUAUCGAAGUGUAUAAAGAUUAGGGAGGGUCAUGGUGCCGCUACUAUUUUUUUCAUAUCUUGCGAUAGAAAUGUCGAAAGUUUUGUCAGGCCGCG